AUGACUACCUUUGAAGAGACUGAACUCUGCUUUCCACAUCUCCUCAACUCCUCCUGCAGGAAGAUCAUGCAUUCUCACUCAGCAUAUGUCUUCAUUUACCUGAUACUGUCCCUCAUCUCUCUGAUCACUGUGACUCUAAACCUGCUGGUCAUCAUCUCCAUCUCCCACUUCAAGCAGCUCCAUACUCCCACCAACCUCCUCCUCCUCUCUCUGGCUGUCUCAGAUUGCUUCGUUGGCCUCCUCAUGUUAUUUCAAAUCAUGCUCAUAGAUGGCUGCUGGUUCCUUGGUGAUCUAAUUUGUGCCCUGUAUUAUGUUUUUGCAUAUAUUGUUACCUCUGCUGCCGUAGGAACCAUGGUGCUGAUAUCGGUUGACCGCUAUGUGGCUAUUUGUGAUCCUCUGCAAUAUCCCACUAAAGUCACUCAGAGAAGAGUUUGUAUCUGUGUUUGUGUGUGUUGGAUCUGUUCUGUUCUCUUUCCUUGUCAGAUUAUGAAAGAUAAUGUGGAACAACCAGGCAGGUAUAAAUCCUGCAUUGGAGAGUGUGUGAUUGUUGUUGAUAAUGUUACAGCAAUAGCAGAUCUUCUCUUGUCCUUUGUUGGUCCUGUUACUGUCAUCAUUGUUCUGUAUCUGAGAGUAUUUGUGGUGGCUGUGUCUCAGGCUCGUGCCAUGCGCUCUAAUAUUACAGCUCUUACUCUGCAGCGUUCAGGGAAAGUAACAGCCAAGAAGUCGGAACUGAAAGCAGCCAGGACUCUUGGGGUUGUCAUCGUUGUGUUUCUGAUAUGUCUCUGUCCAUAUUACUGUGUUACACUUAGAGGUCAGGACGCCCUACUCAAUACUUCAUCUAUUACCUUUGUUAUAUGUCUGUUCUAUUUUAACUCUUGUCUAAACCCGAUCAUCUAUGCUCUGUUUUACCCCUGGUUUAGAAAAACUCUUAAACAUAUUGUUACACUUCAGAUACUGAAGCCUGGCUCCUCUGAGGCCAGCAUAAUGAAAUGAAAUUUUGAGACACAUCUCAGUCUCCAUGGCUCCCUGCUGUUUGCAUUGCAUUGUCUGUCCACUCUGACUGUGUUAUGAGAGUGGCUUUUAAUACUUUGUAU